AUGCUUGGCGCUCUCAAGUCUGUGUUCUGGCCCUCAGAGGCCGCAAGGCCUCAGGUGGCUGAGGUACCCGCCCUGCAGAACCUGGCUGGGGACAAGCGCAAGGCCAAGCUUCGCGACGUGAAGGCUGAGGACUACCCAACGCCAGAGAAGUACCUCGAAGGUGCUGAGAUUCCGACAUUCUACCAAUUCCAAAGCAACAUGGUGGCCGAUGAGGACCUGAAGGCUGGUAUGUGCAGCGGAUUGGAGGUCGACAAGAGACUGACGCUGCCAACACGCACGCACAUCCGAUUCCUUGUGACUGGCCAGGAUGUCAUUCACUCCUUCUCCAUCCCCUCCUUGGGUUUGAAGACGGAUGCCACUCCUGGCCGCAUCAACC